AUGAAUGUCUGUAGGUUACGCUUAACAGUACCACCUGAUGAAGGCUCACAGCCUGAACAGGGAGCAAAGGAACCUGAAAGAAAGAAAAAUCUCUACCAUGUACCAAAUGGCAUGUCUCCAGUGAAGCUCUCUCAUGGGAUGGUGUAUGGCGUCGUGCACCGAACUGACAACAACCAUAAGAGAGAAAUGGUGGUUUAUGGCUGGUCAGCUGAUCAACUGAAAGAGGAGAUGAAUUACAUUAAAGAAGUGAGAGCAACUCUGGAAAAAGUAAGAAAGAAAAUGUAUGGUGAAUAUGAUGAAAUGAAACGAAAAAUACAGCAGCUUACGAAUGAACUGAAAGUGACAAAUGCUCAUCAGGAAUCCUUAGAAAAUCAUGUGCGAGUGCAGGCUGCAGCCUUAGAUAGCUUUAGUGAAAUGAACAGCUCCUUGACAUCAGCAUCAAUAGACUUGCAGAAAACUCUAGUGGAUGUUACAUUGGAGAACACUGAUAUAAGGGAACAAAUAAGGAAUUUAAAACAUACACAUGAGCAAUCUAUGGAAAAGCUGAGAGAGAAGCAAAAGCAACUGGAAACAGCACAAAUUGAAAAUCAGUUACUGAAAUUAAAGGUGGAAUCAUCACAGGAGGCCAAUGCUGAAGUCAUGAGAGAGAUGACAAGGAAACUGUAUAGUCAGUAUGAGGAAAAAAUGCGAGAAGAGGAGCAGAAACAUAAAGCUGAGAAAGAAAUCCUUCUAGAGGAAACGAAUCGGCUUCUGAAAGCUAUUGAAGAGGCAAAUAAGAAGAUGCAGAUUACAGAAACAAGCAUACAGGAAAAAGACCAGAGAAUUGGUGAGCUGGACCGGCUGAUUGAACGCAUGGAAGAG